AUGAAGCUCUCGUCCACUUGGGCGAUUGCCUGUCUGGCGGCCCAGGCUGCUGGCGCCGCUAUUAGCCAUACAUUGGAUGGCUUGACUAUUACAGAGCAUCCGGAUCAUGUGAAGCGGGAUUUGCUCCAGAAAUAUGUCACUUGGGAUGACAAGUCUUUCUUUGUCAAUGGGGAGAGAAUCAUGCUCUUUAGUGGUGAAAUCCACCCCUACCGUCUGCCCGUUCCAUCGCUGUGGAUUGAUCUUUUCGAGAAAGUCAAGGCUCUCGGAUUCAAUUGCGUUUCUUUCUAUAUCGAUUGGGCUUUGCUGGAAGGCAAGCAGGGUGAAUAUACUGCCGAGGGUAAUUUCGCUUUGGAGCCCUUCUUCGAUGCUGCUAAAAAGGCUGGUAUCUACCUUCUCGCCCGCCCUGGUCCCUACAUCAAUGCGGAGGUCUCGGGUGGUGGUUUCCCGGGAUGGCUCCAGCGUGUAGAUGGGAUUUUGCGAACAACUGACGAGGCCUACUUGAAGGCAACAGAAAACUACAUUGCCAAUGUUGCCGCAACCGUAGCCAAGGGUCAGAUCACGAAUGGAGGACCUGUCAUUCUCUACCAGCCAGAGAAUGAAUACAGUGGUGCCUGCUGUGGAGUCGACUUCCCAGAUGGAGCUUAUAUGCAAUAUGUCAUGGAUCAGGCUCGCGAUGCUGGAAUUGUGGUACCUCUCAUUAGCAACGACGCCUGGAGUGGUGGACACAAUGCCCCUGGAACUGGUGCAGGUGCCUUGGAUAUCUACGGCCAUGACAGCUAUCCUCUUGGCUUUGACUGCUCGAAUCCUUCCACCUGGCCAUCGGAUGGUAUACCCACUGGUUGGUACGACAGUCAUAUGGCGGUUAGUCCUAAAACGCCGUACUCUGUGGUCGAGUUCCAAGCUGGUGCCUUCGAUUCUUGGGGAGGAGCCGGGCUCGAAAACUGUGCUGCUCUCCUGAACCACGAGUUCGAGAGAGUGUUUUACAAGAACAACCUCAGUUUCCGAAUGGCAUUCCUCAACCUGUACAUGAUCUUCGGCGGUACCAACUGGGGCAACCUGGGCCACCCCGGUGGUUAUACAUCUUACGACUAUGGCUCCCAGAUUACUGAAUCGCGCAAUAUCACCCGUGAGAAGUAUAGCGAGCUGAAGCUGAUUGGGAACUUUGUCAAAGCAUCGCCGGCUUAUCUACUAACAACACCCGGAAACCUUACUACUUCUGAGUAUACUACCUCGCCUGAUGUGGUCGUGACUCCCCUGCUCGGAAACAAAGAUUCGGCUUCUUCUUUCUUCGUUGUCCGACACUCCGACUACACGACCCAAGACUCCGUCAAUUAUAAGCUCAAGGUUCCUACUAGCGCUGGCCAAGUGACCGUUCCUCAACUUGGCGGAACUCUUACUCUCAGCGGCCGUGAUUCUAAGAUCCAUGUCGUUGAUUACGAUGUGGCUGGUACCAACGUUCUCUACUCCUCUGCUGAGGUCUUCACCUGGACAAAGUCUGGUGAUUCGAAGAAUCUCGUGCUGUAUGGUGGCCCUGGUGAGCACCACGAGUUGGCUGUUGUUUCCCAGUCAAAGGCUUCUGUCGUUGAAGGAUCAUCAUCGGGGAUCACCGUUAAGCGGGUGAACAAGACAGUGGUUAUCGGCUGGGAUGUCUCCACCACACGGCGUAUUGUGCAAGUGGGCAAUCUGAAGAUCCUUCUUCUGGAUCGUAACUCUGCCUACAACUACUGGGUUCCCCAGCUCCCAAGUCAAGGCACAAACCCUGGCUAUAGCUCACAGAAGACUGCCGCAUCCUCCCUCAUCGUCAAGGCUGGCUACCUUGUACGGAAUGCUUAUUUGAAGGGUAGCGACCUGCACCUUACUGCUGACUUUAAUGCUACUACUCCCAUUGAGGUGAUCGGAGCUCCACCCAAGGCCAGGAAUCUAGUCAUCAACGGCAAGAAGGCGGAUAAGAAGGUCGACAAGAACGGCAUCUGGUCUAGCAGGGUCUCCUACAACGCACCAGAGAUCCAGCUUCCCACUCUGAAAGACUUGGAAUGGAAGUCUAUUGAUACCCUGCCUGAGAUCCAAGAUUCGUUCGAUGAUUCUGCGUGGGUUGCUGCAGACCAAGCCACCAAGAAUAGCGCCCAUGCAAUCAACACCUCAACCUCACUGUUCUCAUCUGACUAUGGCUUCCAUACUGGAAAUCUGCUCUACCGGGGCAAAUUCGUCGCUACCGGUGAUGAGAAGACUUUCUCCGUGCAGACACAAGGUGGUUCCGCGUUCGGCAGUGCCGUAUGGCUGAACAAUAAACACCUCGGAUCAUGGGGUGGAGUUUCCACAAGCAGCGACUACAAUGCAACCUUUGACCUGCCAGCCCUAGAGAAAGACAAGUCGUAUGUGUUCACCGUUGUCAUUGACAACAUGGGCCUCAACGGAAACUGGGUCGUUGGCGAAGACGAUAUGAAGCAGCCCCGCGGCAUCCUGAGCUAUAACCUCUCUGGCCGCUCCGCAAGCGACAUCACCUGGAAGCUGACAGGCAAUUUGGGUGGUGAGGAUUAUCCCGACAAAGUGCGCGGCCCGCUAAACGAGGGUGGCCUCUAUGCUGAACGCCAGGGCUUCCACCAGCCACAGCCGCCCAGCAAGGACUGGAAGUCUGGCAGCCCCUUCGACGGCCUGUCGGCUCCCGGAAUUCAGUUCUACACUACAAGCUUUGAUCUGAAUGUGGAGAAGGGCUGGGAUGUCCCCAUGUACUUCAACUUCGGCAACACUACCUCGCCACCGGCAGCUUACCGUGCUCAGCUCUAUGUCAACGGAUACCAGUACGCUAAGUACGUGAACAACAUUGGUCCUCAGACGAGCUACCCUGUCCCUGAGGGUAUUCUCAACUACCACGGUACCAACUAUCUGGCUUUGAGUCUGUGGGUGUUGGAGUCUGAGGGGGCUAAAUUGGAUAGUCUAGAGUUGGUUCAUACUACUCCCGUGUUGACCACGCUGGAGGUUAAGUCGGUAGAUCAGCCGAAGUACGAGAAGCGCAAGGGAGCAUAUUAG